CCCGCCCCGUAUGAUUUUUGUUCCUACUGCUAAACCCUAGUUGUCCUGCUCCCUCGCUAGAUGCUUUUAGGCCCCAGGCGACUCCAUACAUUGUCGGUGAUCCCCUUCAUUCCUCAGCAAAUCAUGGGCGAAACCCACACCGCCGUCGCGACCCAGGAGGAGGGUAAGGAGAGGAGGAAGGAUAAGGAGGCGAAGAAGGAGAAGAAGAAGAAGAAGAGGUCCUUGGAAACGCUAGCAGACGGCAUACCGGAAACCCUAGACCUCGAUCGGGCGAGUAAUGGUGGGGCUGCCGCCCGCAAGGGGAAGGGGAGAGAAAUCCUUCUCCGAUCGAUUGCCGCUUUCCUUGAGAGCAAUGGGUUCUCUAAAACCCUCUCUGCCUUAAAGUCCGAAGCCCAGCUUGAGAUGGAUGGCUGGAAAUCAUCUAUUUUGAACUUUGAUGACCUAUUGAGCAAGUGCUUGGAGCUAAGUAAAGGUCAUGCAGAAGUGAGCAUUGAUUGGCUGAAAGAGAAAGAUUCAGAAAAAGUUGGUAUUUCUGCGGAAGCAGAAGCAAGGAAUAUUUAUAAUGUUGUCUCUGAACAACUACACAAGAAAAAGAAAAGUGAUGACAUUGAUGCUGGUGCAAAAGCUGAGAUAUCAAAAACUGGACUGGCAAACAGCUCUGAUGGAAUUGUUGGUACUGUGGAAAAGAUAUCAAAGAAACAAGUGGAUGAGUUACAGGUAAAAUCUAAGGAGAAGAAAAAAGAAAGGCCGACUUUUGAAGAUUGCUCUGUUGAAAAUACUCAAGCUUCUCAAGAGAAGAACCUGAAAGAGUCGACGAGUAUGGAUGAUAUGACAGACUUUAAGAAGUUGAAAUCAGCUGAUGGCUCAUAUGUUGAAACUAAAGACAAGAAAAGGAAAAAGAAAUUGGCUUCUGACUCACUGGGUGAAAAUGCUGAAAAGAGUCAGCUGGAGGUUGGUCAUGGAACAGUUGAGAAUAAUGUUCAUGAAAAUCAGUUGUCAAAACGGCAAAAUGAAAAAGAAAAGAGGAAGAAGAAACACAAGAUGGUCUCUGAUUCUUAUAGUGAGAAAUCAGAGCCUAGUGACUAUGGAAAAUUUCAAGAGGUGGUUAGAAAUAAAUUAGAGGAAUUGAAGUUUUUGACCAAGGAAUCCACUGAAUCAACUGCCAAACUUAAAGAUGAAAAGAAAAAGAGAACCAAACAAAUCUUUGAUUCUCUUGCCGAGGACUCAAAUUCUGCAGGUUGUGAGAGCAAUACUGAUUCUAAACUACUGGAUUCUGUGACCAAGCAUGCUGGUGUCAAGGAAUCAUUAGACGGUAAAGAUUCUGAACGUAAGAAGAAAAGGAAAGGCAAAUCAACUUCUGAAAGUGCCAUCAGCUCUGGUCCGGUAGAUGGAGGAUCAUCUCAUGAAGAUCUAAGAAAAUCAGAUGCAGGGAAGAAAAAUGUCCCUGUAUCUGAAGAUAAUGUUGAUAAAAAUGAGAAGGAAAAAUCCAAGAAAAGAAAAAGAUUGGCCCAUGAAGAAAAUGGGGCACCGAUGGACAAGGCAUUCAAAAUCGAACCUGAAGUUACUGAAGAUUACAAGGAAACAGGGACCCUUAAAAAUUCUCACAAGUCUUUGACAGAGUAUGAGCACCUUGUUCCUUCUAAAAGGAGGAAAACAGAAGAAAACAAGGAGAAUAUUAAACGUUCUGGUGAACAACUUGAUGGUAUUAUCAAGUGUAAAGAUAACCUUUGUACACAUGACUCACAGAAGGAGGUAGUAGGACAUCAAGUGGAAAAUGGUAAUGGUGAAGAGAAAACAAGGGAGGGUGGCAACUCAUCAACAUCAAUAAAGAAAGAAAAGAAUUUAGCAGAGCCAAAAACUACCAAUGCAUUUCGAAGGGUGAAGGUGGAUGAAGUUCAGUUUACUGAUAAGAGACUUCAAGAUAAUUCUUAUUGGGCUAAGGAUGGUGCAGAAAAUGGAUAUGGUGCAAAGGCACAAAAUAUUCUCGGUCAAGUCAGAGGAAGGGACUUCAGACAUGAAAAGACCAAGAAGAAGCGUGGAACUUAUAAGGGAGGACAGAUCGAUCUGCAGUCUCAUUCUAUAAAAUUCAACUGUUCAGAUGAGGAAUGAACUGAUGCCUGUGACACAACCUCAUCUUAAAGUACUUUCUGCAUUUGAUAGUCAUCUGUCGAGCUGUGUUUCAAUUGCUAUUCUGAGAGGUGCUGAACGUUGUUGCUGUUAUUGCGAAAAUGCGCGGUAAUUUUGAUAUUCUGUUUUUUCUAGUGUAUUAUGCAAAACAUUUAAUGUUUCCAAGUAUCAAAUAUUACCCAAAAUUUUGACCUUAAAAACAAUUGCCACCCGUUGUAAGCAGCAGGUGUUGUGAGCAAUGAUUCAUAUUUCAAACAUUGUCAAUGCAUAUUAUCUGCAAUUGAUAAACAAGGUGUUAUUAAUUGGUUUGUGAA